UACAGUAAUAUUCCUGCAGAAAAUCCUUGCGUGAACAGUAUUUCGAUAUCGGAGAAAUGGACACUGAGUUGGCAAGCCUCUCCAAGGAGGAGUUGAUAGCAAAACACAAAAAGCUCAAGGAUCAGGCUGACUACGAGAGGCGGCGAGCAGAUGGUCUUGCCGAGGAGCUGAGGCUUGCUAAGGAACACAAUGUGGUCGUGCAAAAGCAAAUUGAGCAAGAGGAGGAGUACAUAACGAACAAGCUCAUGAAGCGCCUCGACCAACUUAAGAAAGAGAAGGCGGUGCUGGCCAGUGAGGUAGCACAAGAAGAGGAGUUUCUCGCGAAUACGCUUCAAAAGCGGCUUGAGAAGCUAGCGAAGGAGAAGGUGGAUUUGGAGAAUCGGCUCGAAGCGGAGCAGGAGUACGUUGUUAAUAAACUCCGGAAGGCGAUUGAUCAGCUCAGCGUGGAGAAGAACAAGCUCAUGUGCGAGAAGGUGGAGCUGGAGAACCAGCUGGAGUGCGAGCAGGAGUACAUCCUAAACCGGCUCCAAAAGCAGGUUGACAAGCUAGCUAGCGACAAACUCUCCCUCCAGAAGGAGAAGGCAGAGCUCCAGAGGACGGUUUCGGACCUGGCGGCCUCGGUGGACAAGUUGAACAAGGACAAAGUGAAUCUGGAGAACAUGCUGGAGAUGGAGGAGGAGAGCAUUACAAACAAGCUGCAACGGCGCUUGGAGGCCGUGUUGUCAAACCUCCGUCUUAUUGAGUCCAAACUGGAGGUGAAGGGCAUGACCCUAAAGGACCUGGGGAUUUCCGCGGCAGACCUACAUAAUGACUGGCCACGAGUGUACAGCCGCAGCCCGUCGAGCACCAACCACUCGAUCGACCGCGUGCUGAGUGGCGCGCUCAGCGGCGGCGUGAGCGGCUCUGCCAGCGGCGGCGCCGUGGGCCCUUUGCAUGGGGUUGGGAGCAGCGCUGUGGCUAUCACGGGCAGUAGGCGUGAACGGCCACUAAGUGCACAGAACAACACGCCAGAGGCGUUACUUGCCAAAUGAGCGCAGGGUGGUGUCUGUCAGAAGGCAGCUUGUGCAUCACCUGUGCAGACUGCUACGAAGCAGUGUAAUCGUAAGUGUAUGUGUGCGGCGUCGGCAUUGCGCAAAAUGAACUGCACCAUUUUUGAGGCUUCGUCUGCAUCAAGUUUUUUCCUAUGAUCCCAAAUCGCAGCAUUGCUCAAUGUUAUGUGGGGCAGGGGUAGUGGCCAAGAUUGUGGCCGAAAGGGUGGUUCUCCGAACGCGGGAGGUUGCAAGUUAAGUGCACGGAUGGGACGAGUGGUCCCGUGACGAGCGCCUGACAUGUCAUUGAAGAUGGUAACAUACGACGGGCGCCUUUAGUGUCGACAGGGACUAUGCAUGGUACGGAUUGCCGACCGUAUUAUGGCCGGACGCACGUGAAUUCGUCUUUCGAUGGUUAUGGUGUCCUGCCAUGCAAUUAUGUAAUUUCCUAGCCACGCUUGUAUGGGUUGCGUCACCCUUGGACUUUGUGGCCGUCCACGCUAGGUAGCUGUCUCGCUUGCAACCAGUGAGCUGGACUGUUGUAAUUCUGACCUGUG